CCUGUGUUCAGUGCUGACCUCUCUCUGCUGUAGAUGCACCAGACCUCCAGGGACAAAAUCAAGCUCAACCACUUCACCACCUGGACUGGAUUUCUAUAGCACCUGUGUGAAAUCACCAAGGCAACACUGAGCUGCUGUUCUUAAAAAUGAAGCUGUCCUGAGAGAGCAGAAAGUGGGGGGGGGGUCUGUGUAGUGGAUGUCUGAGCGCUGCAGUGUCUGCUCGCCAUGGCAGCAGCUCUGCCGGUGUGCUACCACGGCGCCAUGAGCAGGACGGAGUGCGAGGAUCUGCUGGGAAAGAAGAACAAGGAUGGAGCUUACCUGAUCCGAGACAGCGAGACCAUUCAGGGAGCCAUGUGUCUGUGUGUCUAUAAAAAGAGGGUGGUGUAUACCUACAGACUGCUUCAGACACACAAUGGACAGUACACUCUUGUGACGGCGGGAGGUGUGGAGGAGACGUUCUUUAAGAACUUGGAAGAUCUGAUUCGUCACUAUAAGAGAAAGAACCAGGGCCUGGCCAUGCACCUGCGCCACUCUGUCAAAAGGAAGACGGCCUUGUUGAUUAAACCCCCAAACCCACCUGGAAACCCACCUAGAAACCCACCUGGAAACCCACCUGGAAACCCACCUGGAAACCCACCUGAGGAAGAGGAGGAAGAUCCAUUCGAAGAACCUGAUUAUGAGAACGCUCCUAACUCUGAUUACGUCGAGGUCCUCCCUGAUUAACACGAAGCAUCAAGCACAUGAAGAAAGUGCCAAAGAUGUUUUGGGGAAAAGGUCUGAACAAUGGGACUUAAAAAGGACGACGGAUCAAGUUCAGAAUGAUGAAUAAGGAACGUGGACAAUGGACACGUCCUUAAGAACAAAGAUCUUCAUCUUGUAUUUUCAUUUUUUUUUUUUGUUGUUGCUGUUUUUAUCCAGCGGAUCAGUGGUCAUUCCACCACUUUGCUCCAGACUGAAAUAUCUCAACAACUAUUUAUUGGAUUGCCAUGAAAUUUGCUUCAGAUACUCGUGUUCACCAGAGGAUGGAUCCUCCUGACUUUCAUGAUCCUCCUGACUUUCAUGAUCCCCUGACUUUCCUUCUAGUGUCGUCAGCAAGUUUUGUACAUCUGGGACACACAUUCACGUCCUCCAUGAGCCUUAGUCUUGUCCUAGUAGUCCUCAGUCUUUUACAGUUUACAGUUAUGUGGUAGGACUUGUUCCAUCUGAUCAUUUGCAUAUGACGCAUGCUAGUUAGUUAUAGGCAUAUGGAAAGUCUUGACCUAUUAAAGGGAAGGUCUUGAUGCAGCAAAAUUUACCCAAAUAUCUCAAAAUGUGUGAUCCAGUCAUCCAGCUGAAGGACAGUUUCAUUAUUCCUCAGCCGUGGUCUCAUUUACAUGUUGUUUCACAUCAUUAACAGUUGUGAAAGGCACAACUUCAGCUCCAUAAACUGAGAGACUAAACAGUUUAACCACUCCGCGCUUGUAGCUGAGCUGAAACACCAUUUCUUGCUCUUCACAUGUUGAAUUAAUGAAGAAACAGGAAACUCGCACAAUAGUCACGUAUGUUUAAAUGUUCUAAAAGCGCUCAACCUGAGCUUCCUGAAGCAGGACACAAAAUGAAAGUAUCAGUCUGGUCGACCAAGAAACAUGAGAAGAGCAAAACCACAAUGUGUCUCAAAUGUUUUGACUUCUCUGUCCUGGUUGUUUGGUCCUUAUUAUGUCGGGGACUAUUUUCUGCGGUGCACUGAUCCAUAUGUGGCGCUGCAUAGAGUAUUUUGGGGCAGCAGGUGUGUGCGUGGGACUGAGUCUGUGUGUGUUUCUGGUGAUGAAAGUUUAAUAAUAGUAUUAGUAAAAGUUUUUGGAAACAUUGGAGCUGUACGGCUCAGAAGAAUAAAUACUCUCACACUACUGAGUUACUCAGGUACAGUCAGUGUUGGUUUUGCUCUUGUCAUUAAAGUGUCAUUAAACUUUUGAUAGAUAAUACCUUUGCAUGUUUUUCCCAGACUUUAACUUUGAUUAUUGGAUCUUCAGUCGAGGGAAUUUAAUGUUAUGAAGAAAUAUUUCAGUGGGUUUGACCUUUGUUCUGUUAAAGAGCAUGUACAUGUACAUAUGAGAUUUUUAAUGUGGGCUAUUUAUUCAUAUAUAUUAUGCAAAUUUUUUGAAAACAAGAAACAUGAUGUUGUAAAAGAUAAACAUACUGUGAUGCUUUUUUCAAAGAGCAUAAAGACAAUCCUCAGUAUUAUGUAACUAGUAGUUUUCAUAUGCAAUUUAAACAUGUAGCAUUAGAAUCACAGGACUUGGAUGGAUUUGAUGAAUAUGUAAUAUUAAAUUUUCUUCUUCUUUCUUUUUGACAAGGAGGUUAAUAAUUGAUUUUAACUUUCAUCCUGAUUAAUGAGGGACUAAAAUAAGAUCUGUUUUUAUUCUGCAAUUGCCAAAAAUCUUUCUGCUGUAUGUGAGACUGUAAUUGGUCAGUUUUGCCCUGUUCAUCAUUUCUUGUCACCUGGUUUGUCAAAGCAGUGAAGGGAGGGUCCAGACAGGAAACAAAAUGUUGGCGUGAACACAUUUGCAUUUAACAAGUACUGUAAAGUUGACAGAAGAAGUCGGAUAUGUUGAUUGUUUUGUUUUAAACCAAAGAAUCAUGAUCAUAUCUAAACGUAUUGCAUUUAUAUUGUUAUAGCUUAUAAGCUUGCAGCUUUGUCUUGUGUGGUCUGGCUGCUGUGCACUCAGCCUGGCGUUGCUUUAUCUUCAACAUCGUUUACAGGUUGUAUUGCAACAGAUGUCACAUUAUUUUUGCUUUUAUUUUGAUUAUAUAUUUUUACAUUUGUUUUUAUUUGCUGCAGACAUCUAAUAUUUGACAUUAAUGGAACCUUUUGUUUUUAAUCAGGCAACUCACUCACUCCUUAUGAUUAUAAUCCUGUGAGGUUCACUGUGACAUACAAGUCACUGUUGCAGACACAAGAGACCUAAAACUCUGAGACUGUCCAUCAUGUCCUCGCCUUUCACGCGGAUAUGGACCGAUAUAUGAAUUUUGCAGCUACACAGACCUGUAGACCUGUUUGUUACAAAGUCAGACUUCUCUGUUUUAUGGUCUGUGCGGACUAAACAUCAUCACACAUCCUGUCUCUGUUUUCACACCCCACCAGUACAAGCUGAUCUGAGCCCCUUCACAUUUCUUUAACUGACCUUUUAUUAAGCAUUGCUUUCGUUACUUUGGUACUGUUAUCAUAUUUCUUUGCACAUUCAUUUUUUUGAGGGAAGAUUGAUUUAUUUUUGCACAUUUCAAGUUAAUGCAUAUCUCUGCCUCUUUAAUUUAUGUGACCAAACAAGUGCACAGGGGAAACAACAAAGACACGCGUGAAAAAAGUGGAAAAAGUCAGUGGUGUGUUUAAAGACAGGACGCAUGGUCUAACCACAGUUUCCACACAUAAAUACAGAAGCAAUUAUGAUCCUCUGCAUCCACUCAUACACACAUGCACAAACGUGCUUUCACCCACCCUCAGUUAAAGUUGGCAGGAAAUCUGAAAACAAAUAUAAUAUGUGAUUACCAUGACUGAUUUAUAAGGGCUGGCCUCAGGAACAUAAACUUUUUUAAGACAGGGCACUUGUAUUGGAUUGCAUUAGAAUGUAUUUGAA